AUGAAUACCCUAAAAUCAUCGAUUACCAGUCUCAACUGCUUCCUGGGCUUUAUAACUUGCAACACUCCCCCGGGGAUUUGGCCACUGAAGCCGACGGUGCUGACCAGUGCAUCUUCUGCCUCAUCUACUCCUGUCGCUGAAGUCACCGGGCCCACCGCUCCUGGUACUACUUCAGCUGUCCAUUCGUUGACUUCCACGACUACUUCUUCUUUCGUUUCCUUCUUGUCCAGCACUAGUUCUGCCCCGUCCAGCUUUGUGACCUCGGUGGCCUCUCCUACCACAUUCGUUGAUACCUCUGUUAGUGGGUCAGCCAGCGCCCUAAGCAGCAGCACUGCCAGCACUAUGUCUGUCAGUCUGAGUCUCAGCUCGAGCAUUGUGGCGUCGUCUGCUGUUCCUGCAGCGACGCCCGUCAGCAGCGGCUCCAUCGCCGCCAACAUCCUGGUAAUUGCGCGCGACACUGCCUCUGCAGGCGUGGCAUCAUCUGGCCUCAAUGCCUAUGGCAUUCCCUUCACUACUCUGGUCGUGCCCCAGUCCGGCACCAGCCUGCCCGCCCUGAACGGCACCGAAGGUGGCAACUUCGCCGGUAUUGUGGUUGCCAGUGAAGUCAGCUACAACUACGGCAAUGCCACAGGGUACCAGAGUGCUCUCACUACGGACCAAUGGAACCAGCUGUAUGCCUACCAGCUGGCUUACGGUGUGCGCAUGGUGCAGUACGACGUGUAUCCGGGCCCUAGUUACGGCGCCAGCGCUGCCGGCGACGGCUGCUGUGCAACCGGGGUCGAACAAUUGAUGUCGUUCACUGACAUCAGCGACUUCCCUACGUCUGGCCUGAAGACCGGCGCUGGUGUAAGUACCAGUGGCCUCUGGCACUAUCCUGCCACCGUUUCCAACACCACCUCCACCAAAGAAAUCGCUCGUUUUGCCGCCAACUCCGACUCGGGCAGCGAGACCACUGCUGCUGUGAUCAACAACUUCGAUGGCCGUGAGCAAAUGGCCUUCUUCAUCUCCUUCGACACCACUUGGAGCGCCACCUCCACCUACCUGCAGCACGCAUGGAUCACCUGGCUCACCCGCGGUCUGUACGCGGGUUACCGCCGCGUGAACCUGAACACUCAGAUCGACGACAUGUUUCUGGAAACCGACAUCUACAAGCCCAAUGGCACCACCUUCCGCAUCACGCCGGCCGACCUGGACGGCAUUGCUAACUGGCUGCCGGAAAUCAAUGGCAAGAUGAACGCCGGCAGCAACUACUACGUCGAAGUCGGCCACAACGGCAACGGCAACAUUGAAGCCGCCGCCGGCGUCUCCGACGAGGGCUACACCACUUGCAACCAGGGCGGCAUCGAGUACGACUCGCCCGCCGACACUCCCCUGGAAUGGAAGAAGCCCGUGGGAACCGGCACCAACCUUUGGCCCUCCUCUCCCACCACCUACGACUGGUCCGUUGCCUGCACGCAGCUCGACCCUCUCCUCCUCUGGUGGACCAACGCUACCAACCAGGACAAGUUCGGCCACAUCUCCCACACCUUCACCCACGAGGAGCAAAACAAUGCCACCUACUCCGAUGUCUACAAGGAAAUCUCCUUCAACCAGGCCUGGCUGAAACAAGUCGGCAUCUCCUCCGCCAAGCACUUCACUUCGAACGGUAUCAUCCCUCCCGCCAUCACGGGCCUGCACAACGGCGAUGCCCUGCGCGCCUGGUGGGAAAACGGCAUCACCAACUGCGUCGGUGAUAACACGCGCUCUGCUCUCCUGAACCAACAGAAUGACAUGUGGCCCUACUGGACCAAUGAAGCCUCUGACGGUUUCGACGGUAUGCAGGUCAACCCGCGCUUCGCCACCCGCAUCUACUACAACUGCGAUACCCCAGACUGCACGCUGCAGGAAUGGAUCGACACCUCCGCUGGAUCCGGUGACUUUGAUAACUUGCUCGCUACGGAGAAGGGCGAAGUCAUGCGUCACCUGUUUGGUCUGCACCAUGACCCCUACAUGUUCCAUCAGGCUAAUCUGCGUAAUGCCGAUGUGGACCCCAUCACAGUCAACGGCGUCUCGGCCAAGUAUUCCAUCUUCCAAGCCUGGGUGGAGACCCAGGUGCAGGAAUUUGUGCGCUUGGUCGAUUGGCCCCUUGUUACCAUCAACCAUGAAGCUAUGUCCGCCUCCUUCCUGGCCCGCUACACUCGCGACGCCUGCAACUACUCCCUGCGCUACACCAUCUCCGACCACAAGAUCACGGGCGUCACCCUCUCCGCGACGGAUAAUACCUGCAAUGCUACCAUCCCCGUCACUUUCCCCGUGGCGCCGACCAACACGCAGAGCUUCACGACCGAGCAGGUCGGCAGUGAUCCGUUGACGGUGUGGGUGCAGCUGUCGGGGUCGCCGGUCAGCUUUACGCUGUCGACGCCGAUUGCGCUGUAA